ACCAUCAAGCCCAGUCAUGAAGAAAGGCGCAGCAGUGCUGGUAAUGCUCGUCUUCUUUGCUGUAAUUGUGAGCUACUAUAGCGGUAUAAUGAAUAUACAGGCAGUAGAUGUCAGAGGAUACCCAGGGCAUGACACAAGGUCAUCUGUCCAAGAAACUUCCCUCAUCACCCAAACCAGUCAUGACACCAUAACCACUGUCCAAAGGGGAUCAACAGAUGGCCACACCACUGCCUCCAGUUGGCAAACAACCCUGACAACAACAUCCGUGGCCACCCAUUCAACGGAGGCAAGUACACAGUCAGCUGGUCCAACAGCCCUCACUGAUGUAACUACAAAGGUCCCUCUCCACAGCACACAAACUAUAACCCCCAUGAAUACGACACUCAAACUCCUCCUAGGUCAUCCCCACAGUACCUACACAGAACAGUCAAGCGUGCCCAUUACCCAGAUGACCAUGGCAGCUCAACCUACAUCAACAGCCAGUCACUCAACCUUAAAAAUGGCUACAAUAACGAUCCCAUCAGGCAAGACCUCCCUGACAACACCUUGGGACUACAGCCCCCAGCAAAGUAAAGACCCCACCAGGCUACCCCCACUACAACACCACCAUGUCACUGCCACAACUUCAUCAGCUACACAACCUGUGGGGCCCACUCUCGUUCCUCAGCAUCACCUCCUCACAUGGGACCUAUCUGGUCUACAUGGAAGUAGGGUGUGCAUGACUGAGAUGGGAGCGCAGCUGCUCAUUCUGGACCAAGAAUAUUUUUCAUCUCAAAUGUAUUUCAAUAUCACCCCCAAUGUGACUCAAGCUUCAGGGAAUUGCGGCCCUGGAAAGAACCAACCUUCUCCUGACUUUCCGGGUGGAUUUGUGAACUUGACCUUCAUGAAGGUAGAACAGUCAUAUCAUAUAGAAAUGGUGGAGGCCUCACUGACUGUCCUCACCCUAGGGAAAGUCUACAGUGGCCUGAAAGGUGGGCUGACAAUGUUUGAGACCAAGGUGGGGCACUCCUUCAAAUGUAUCAGUGAACAGAGUGUUGAGUUGUCAACCGAUCUCCAGUUGCACACCACUGAUGUCCAACUCCAAGCUUUUGAGUUUGAUGGUGAACACUUUGGGAAUGGUAAGCGGUAUGAAUGCUUCAGGGAUAAAAACAGGCGAGCAAUUCCUGUGGCUGUGGGCCUGAGUAUCGCAGGAUUGCUUGCGGUUUUGCUUACUGCAUGCCUGGUUGCCCGGAAGCGGCCCGGCAGAGGAUAUGAACGCGUCUAAAACCACCUACCCUCUUCAAAAUUGGUCGAGUGCUCAUCUGACUACACAGUUAUGAUUCGGGUGAUUGUUGCCAUUGUCAUUCCUCUCUGCAUCCUGGCCUUGGUUUUCUGUGGAAUUCGUCUGAGGAAAAAAUCAUCCGGAUACCAGAGAAUCUAGUCAAUAUAAGGAAUCCCAGAAAGAAAUUAAAGGGGUUGGAAUUCUUAUCCUCUCCAAGAUCUUACGGACUUCUCUAGUAGUAAAUUCUUAAAGUAAUGUGCAUUGCUAUGGUCUCAAACCCCAGCAUUUCCCAAUUUUGAGAGAAAAAAAGUAUUGAUGAUUUUGUAGUGAUGGGGAGGGCAGAGAUGUGCGUGUGUGACAAGAUUGAAUUGGUUAUUGAAGGGCACCAACUGUGUAAGAGUCCUUCCAUCCAAAGGAAAUGAGAGCACCAAAAUAACAAAAUCCUUUCUGAAAUGGAGCAAGCCUUUAUGUCUGUCAAUCACACUGUUGGCUGUUAAAGGAACCUACCCUGCUCUUUGUUUGUUUUUUCCAUUUGUUCCAGAGAUUUGGCCUUCUUGGCCAAAAGUUAGAUUUUCUCUUUUGUUUUUGACAUUAGCAAGAUAUUUUCCCUUCUCUGAGUUUUUGUUUUCUCAUUGGUAAAAUAAGAAGAUUGGUCUCCUGAUCUCUAAGGUCCCUUCCGGCUCCAAGUCCAUGAACCUAUGACCUCUCUGGGCCUCAGUUUUCUCAGGUGCAAAAAGAGGGGGUUGGUUUCAAUGGCCUCAUCUGUGUUCCUUUGAACUCUGCCAAGAAGAAUAUAAAGAGAGUGCUUCUGCUGGCUCUUUAGUAUGUGAUAUGAGCAUCCUAGUUGAAGUUGUUUUCUCUUUUUUCUGCUGGUAAAAAUACUGUAAAAGUGAUAUUCUAAGAUAUCUCAGAAUUUUAAUAUAAGGUGGUAAAAGUUUAAAAAAAAGAAUGCCUAUAUCUUUUAUAUGAAUUUAUAUAAAUGUCUGUUUUUCAUCUUUGUAUUCUCAGCU